CAUGUGUCAGUUGAUUUAUAACGCUGAGUAUAUUCAGGAGCCAAUCAGAAGACAGAUCUUCCAAGAGUGAUCUGAAGUCGGUAGGUGGAGUGUUUACUGUGCACCCCACCGGGCAAUGAAGGGCUCAUAGACAGCAAUGGCUACCAAACAAUCCCAUCUUGAGGAAGACCUCUCCUGCCCCAUCUGUGGAAGUAUCUUUGAAAAGCCGGUGGUGCUGUUUUGCCGACAUCGCUUCUGUAAACGUUGUCUGGAGAGCCUGUGGAAUGGAGUGGGAUCUUGUGAAUGUCCUCUCUGCUGUCAGCCAUCAUCCAUGGGGGAACUCGUAGUCAACGCCAUGCUCGAGAAGACCUGCGAGGGUUUUCUGAAGGAGCGAGCAAAAAACGAUCCGAUGUCAUGCAAGGAGCACGGAGAGAGAUUGAGCCUGUUUUGUCUUGAGGACCUGGAACCCACUUGUGGCAAGUGCAAGUCACUGGGUUACCACAAGGGUCACAGGUUAUAUUCUUUAGAUGAGGCCUCACAAGACUGUAAGGAAGAACUCAAAAAUGCCUUAAAACCACUUCGAGAAAAGCUGAAGCUCUACCAGAAAGCUAAACUCACUUGUGAGCAAACAACAGAGCACAUUAAGAAUCAAGCAGAUCAAACAGAGAGACAGAUACGGGCCGAGUUCGAGACGCUGCACCAGUUCCUGCGGGACGAGGAGGCAUCCAGGCUUUCCACCUUAAACCAAGAGAAGAUUCAGAAGAGCCAGAUCAUGAAAGACAAGAUUGAAGAUCUGGAAAAUGACAUCACAUCUAUUACCAACACUAUAAGAAGCAUUGAACAGGAGAUGAGAUCUCAGGAUGUACCAUUCCUUAAGAAUUACAAAGAAACCAUCAAAAGAACCUGGCGUAUUCCCCAGGACCCAGACAUGGUAACAGAAUCUCUACUUGAUGUAGCCAAAUACCUGGGGUCACUGAAGUUUAAAGUCUGGGAAAAAAUGAAGGAUAUUAUUACAUACACUCCAGUGAUCCUCGACCCAAACACAGCAGCAAACUGCUUCCUCCUGUCAGAGGAUUUGACCACAAUACAGUGCUGUUCCCAGACCUACGAUCUCCCGGACAACCCUGAGCGCUUUGACGUGGGUGCGGAGGUGCUGGCCAGCGAAGGAUUUAGCGUUGGACGGCACAGCUGGGAUGUUGAGGUGAAAAACAACACCUACUGGGUCAUCGGAGUGGCCAGCACGUCCAUCAACCGGAAAGGAAAGCACGUGCUGACCCCUGCCGAAGGAUUCUGGACCAUUCGACUACGUAACGGAGAGUACAAAGCCUGUACCGCACCGUGGUCUCCGCUCACUAUGAAUAAGGAGCUGCACGUAGUUAGAGUUGUAUUGGACAUGGACAGAUCCAAACUGGCUUUCUACGACCCACGAGAGAGGACGCCUCUGUUCGCCUUCACAGACAUCAUCACCCCGCAAGCAUUCCCAUACUUCUGCAGCGCUUGCAAAGAGCACCCAUUAAAAGUUUUGCCAGCGAAGCUUUCGGUUAGCGUGGACUGACAAGCCUGAAUAUCACUUUGAGUCUUAUGUUACACGUGAUGCAAAAAUAACACUUGAUGUUUACUGGUUUUGAAUUUUAGAAAACAUGAUAUGUAUAUGGUCUUGGUUUAAAGGGGGCAACACAAAAAGGCCAUAAUUAAGCCCGAACAAAAAAAAAGAAAUGAAAUAUUAAACAAAUAUUAAAUAAUACUGAUAACACUUUACAGUAACGUUAUAUUUUUUAACAUUAUUAAAGGCAGGGGAUCUCUGAAUGCCAAUGUUGACAUUUGAAAUCACCUAAACACACCCCUACUCCAAUAGCAUCUGGACCUUUUUUUGAUAGACCCACCACACACAUACGCAACCCAGGCAACAAUAUCAGUUAGUAGACACGACCCUUACUGCUGAUUGGCCACAAGUGUGUUUUGGAAUUCGGCCCCAAUCCCUUUUCUAAAGUGCUUUUCAAAAAUCAUGCACCCUGCCUUUAAAUGCACUUGCUAACAUGAACUCAAAAAGUAGUUUUUAACAUCUAUUACCUUUGUUAAUGCCAAUUCAAUUGUUUAGUUGUUUCUAGGUAGUAAACUAAUGUUAACAGUUACAACUUUUGAUUUUCUUUAGAUUUCUAAGGUUAAUAAAUGCUGUAGAAGUAUUGUUCAUUGUUAGUUGAUAUUAUGGAGUUACUGUUACUAAUGUUCAUUAAAGAAACUGGUAACACUUUACAAUAAGGUUGUAUUAGUAAACAUUUAUAAAUAAUGUAAGUGAAUCAUGUUAAUUCAGUUAUGCAUGUUAGUUCAUGGUGCAUUAACUAAUGUUUGCAUUUAACUUUUGAUUUUACAAAUGUAUUACACAUGUAUACAUAUGUUUAUUUUAGCUAAUGCAUUAAUUAAGUAAGAGAUGAUAGGCAGCAGGUUGUUAUCGCAAAAAUAAGUGAAUCUUGAGGAAAACCAAAAAAGUUUUAGUUUUAAGAUAAGACAAUAGACGUUAAAAUGUCACAAACACACUAUUUGGUUGGAUCAUUUGUAAAUAUAAUGUCAUAUAUGUUAUUAAAAUAUAUUCAUAUAUUUAUUUUUGUGUAAUAUUAAACUGUACCUGUCAAAAUUUUGCAGCAUAACUUGUGUUAUUAGUUUCAUUAUCGGAAUAUCAUACCUUGGAAUGUCACGACUGGCAUUUUAGAAUGCUGUGUAAUAUCAAUGUUUAACAAAUUCAACUUUAAUGUUACCAAAAAUUUUGCAAAUACAAAAUGAAAUAUAUUUGGACACCAUUAUGUUCUUGACAAUACAAUAAAUUUAAGCUUAUCUUAUUCUCGGCAUUCAAUAGUGUUCAAAAGAAAAC